AUACGUCGCCAAAAAAGAAUUAUAUGGUAUAUUACUUUUACCCCCUAUUUAUUACUAAAAUUCAAAUGUUUCCGUUUAUGAUGACAUUAUCAAAAGUAAAUUAUAACUAAUUAUUACACAAUGUCGAUAUAGUUUGUAUUUCAUCUCAAGAGUUUGACAUUUAGAUAGGCCUUGCUCAUUUCCGGUUUCAAAGUUCGAUACGCCUCUUUUCAAUAUUUUUCUUUAUUUCACACUUAUUUGGACGUUGCUGUGCAUCUAGACAUCUCAACAAACUGCCCUGACAUACUGCAUAAUAAGGUGUCAUUAAAAAUGGCGUCCCCACUAGAAGACUCAGACGAGCACACAUUGUUUGAAACUGCACCAGAAGUAAAAAACACCAAUGGCAUCAAAAGUACAAUUGAGGAUGAAAUGAAUAGUUCUAUGAAGACACUGAGUGAUAUAAAACUUUCAAGUGUGAAUAGCCUGGAUGCAGAACUUGAAUGUGAUGACUUAAAAGUAACAGUUGAUUCACCUGAAAAACUUGUAACUAAUAUGGAAUCUUAUACCACAUUCCUUGUCAGCACCAUAACAACACGGAGCGAGUAUGAUAGCCCAGAAUAUUCUGUCAGGAGACGCUAUAAUGAUUUUCUCUGGCUGCGUCAACGCUUAGAAAGCUCCUCACCUAUAUACUUGAUUCCUCCUCUGCCAGAAAAACACAGUUUAAAACGUUUUGAUCGGUUCAGCCCAGAAUUCAUCAAAACACGAGAGAAAGCAUUGAACAAGUUUAUGCAGCGACUGAGUAAACAUCCUGUGUUAUCGUACAGCAAGUUUAUACAGGGAUUCAUCACACUUAAACCUUAUGAAUUCACAGCUUUCAAAAAAGAAGGAGGUGGAAUUUUCUCUCGCGUAUCAGAGUCAAUACAUACUACUAGCGCCGUUUAUAUGUUAAAAUCUCGACCACCUGAAUACACUAUGAUGUAUGAAUAUAUAAACACUCUAGGUGAGAAACUAGGUAAUCUGGAACGGAUAUCCCAACGUGUUUAUAAGGAGGCCUCAGAUCUUGCUCAUUCAUUUGAUGAAUGGGGUCCAGUUUUUAAACUUUGGUCAAAUUCAGAAGAGAAAUUAAACCAGGCUUUAUCCAGCAUUGCUACUGCAACUGAAAAAUGCAACACGGCUUUGACUGAAGUCGUAGAUGGAACAGAUCUUCAACUUACUCAACCACUAAAGGAAUACAUCCUAUACGUGGAUGCAGUUCGCGAUGUCCUAAAACGCCGUGAUGCGAUUCAGGCGGAAUGCCAACUCACCAUUGAGGAUUCAAAUCGCAAGAAAGAUGAAAAAGAACAUGUCAAGAUUUCAGAUCAGACGUAUUCCCUCGGAGCUUUCCUUGGGCGAAACCCAGAGGAAGUCAAACAAGAGAAACAAAUAAAGCUCCAGCAGCAAGUGGAAGAUCUAGAGAAACAAGUAGAACUGAUGGGUGACAGACUCACAUGUGCAAAUGCAGACUUAAAAUCAGAAAUGGAUCGCUGGCACAUGAAUAAACGACGUGACUUUAAGGAAAUGUUCAUAGAAAUGGCAGACCGUCAGAUAAACUAUUAUGACAACUGCUUAGCGGCAUGGGAAGCAGCGAUCCCUCAAAUACAGAAAACUGACAGUUUUGAAGAAGGAGAUGGCGAUGAGUAAUAUAUCUCUCAUUAUUGAAGCAAAAAGUGCUGUAACUAUGUACAUGUAUGUACAUUAUGUACAUGUAUAUACUUUGAUAUUGAAUAUGAUAUGCUAUUCCUACAUGUUUGAAAACCUAAGAGAAAUGAGUAUUCCCCAAAUUUUGUACACAUCAAAAAUGAAUUAAAUUUCAAUAAUGUUCAGAAUAGACUCAUAUGCUGCAAAAAUAUGACAAUAUUGGAAUAUUUAAAAAGAAAGCAUCUGUUGUUUAGGAAAAGAAGGUAGGAACAUUUUGUAGCUACAAAAUAUUCCACAUUUGCAAAAUUUUACAGCAUCAAAAUGUACCAGGGUUACAAUAUUCCAGAUAGGAAUGCCAUGCAAUAUAAGACAUUACAUUUGAAUGGUAAGAGCGAGUUACUUGAAGAGUAAAAUUACUUGAAUAAGUACUCAAGUCAUAACUAGAAGUGCAAUUAAAAUUUCGUAUCUUUCCCUCAUUUACGAGAAAACAGUAUAUCAACAUUUUUAUUAGAAAAUGAAUGUUAAUCUAAUGUAUUGCUUAAAAGUUAGAAUUUUAAUGCUCGAAAAUUUUGAAUUUUAAUGCUUGAUAUAAUAUUUUUAAAGUUAUCAUAUCUGCAUUAGAAGUAGUUACCUUGUUUUACAUCCUUUAAUAUGAUAUAAGGGGAUGUUUUCAAUGUCAAUUAUGUCACCUUUUGUUAUUCACCAGAAUGUAACAUUGUAGUGUUAUGGUAUCAUGCUAUAAGAAAUAACACAAAUUGCUUGAGUUCUUGCACAGGGUCUGAGUACUCUAAACC